AUGGCUUACGGAAUAUCGGUGGUUCCACCUAGGUACCUGCCUGUGAUGAAAUAUUGCAUGGAGAGGCACCUAGGGUCUUUCUCCUUCACGCUCAAAGCUGGAAAGUCGCCUGCAUUUAGGCUGUUGACAAUCAAUGAUGUCGAUGACGCUGAUAACACGAUCAAUGAUGGUGAUGAUGCUGAUUAUAAGAUCAAUGAUGUCGAUGACACUGAUAACACGAUCAAUGAUGGUGAUGAUGCUGAUUAUAAGAUCAAUGAUAUCGAUGACGCUGAUAACACGAUCAAUGAUGGUGAUGAUGCUGAUUAUAAGAUCAAUGAUGUCGAUGACGCUGAUAACACGAUCAUUGAUGGUGAUGAUGCUGAUUAUAAGAUCAAUGAUAUCGAUGACGCUGAUAACACGAUCAAUGAUGGUGAUGAUGCUGACAAUGAUGUCGAUGACGCUGAUAACAAGAUCAAUGAUGGUGAUAAUACUGAUUAUAAGAUCAAUGAUGUCGAUGACGCUGAUAAUAACAUCAAUUAUGGCGAUAACGCUGAUACUAACAUCAAUGUAAAAGUAACUAUUCAUGAUAUAUGUUAA